AUGUCCCCGGAGUGCGCGCAGACGGCCGCCGCCGCCGCCGGCCCCGCGCGCAGCCUGGAGCCCAGCAACCGCACCCGCUUCCCCUUCUUCUCGGACGUCAAGGGCGAGCACCGGCUGGCGCUGAGCGCCGUGGAGACGCUCGCGCUGGGGCUCAUCUUUGCCGUGUCACUGCUGGGCAACCUGUGCGCCUUGGUGCUGGUGGCGCGCCGACGGCGCCGGGGCGCCACCGCCAGCCUGGUGCUCAACCUCUUCUGCGCCGACCUGGUGUUCGCCAGCGCCAUCCCCCUGGUGCUCGUGGUGCGCUGGACCGAAGCCUGGGUGCUGGGCUCCGUCGCCUGCCACCUGCUCUUCUACGUGAUGACCCUGAGCGGCAGCGUCACCAUCCUCACGCUGGCCGCGGUCAGCCUGGAGCGCAUGGUGUGCAUCGUCCGCCUGCAGCGCGGCGCGGCGGGCCCGGGCCGGAGGCUGCAGGCCUCGCUGCUGGCCUUCAUCUGGGGCUACUCGGCGCUCGCCGCGCUGCCGCUCUACACCUUCUUCCACGUGCUCCCGCAGCCGCUGCCCGGCGGCGACCAGGAAAUUCCAGUUUGCACAUUGGUUUGGCCCAGCAUUGCAGGAGAAAUCGCAUGGGAUGUGUCUUUUGUUACUUUGAACUUCCUGGUGCCAGGACUGGUCAUUGUGAUCAGUUACUCCAAAAUUUUACAGAUCACGAAGGCAUCUAGGAAGAGGCUCACCAUGAGCCUGGCCUACUCGGAGAACCACCAGGUCCGCGUAUCCCAGCAGGACUACAGGCUCUUCCGCACCCUCUUCCUGCUCAUGGUCUCCUUCUUCAUCAUGUGGAGUCCCAUCAUCAUCACCAUCCUGCUCAUCUUAAUCCAGAACUUCAAGCAGGACCUGGUCAUCUGGCCAUCCCUGUUCUUCUGGGUGGUCGCCUUUACAUUCGCCAACUCAGCCCUGAACCCCAUUCUCUACAACAUGUCCCUCUUCAGGAAUGAGUGGAGGAGAAUUUUCUGCUGCUUUUUGCUCUCAGAAAAGGGAGCUAUUUUUACAGACACGUCUAUCAGGCGAAAUGAUUUGUCUGUUAUUUCAAGCUAGCGAACCAAGCCAGAUGAGCCACGCUGUGCCUCUGCAGGGAGUAAGGUCUGGGGACAUAGUGCUUGUCUGAGUCAAGUGCUUGUCCUGCAAGUGUGAGGACCAGAGUUCGACUCCAAGUACCCAAUGUAAAAAUGCCAGGCAUGGCAGCUCGCACCUGCAAUUCCAGUGCUGGGAACGUGGAGACACGAAGGUCCUUGGAGUUCACUGGCCAUCCACCCUAGCUUAAUUGGCAUUCUCCAGGCUGAUGAGAGAGGAGACCCUGUCUCAAGAAGAAGUGGGUGACCUUCCUGAGCAUAACACCUGAGGUUGUCCCCUGGCCUCCACCUGCACGUAUGUGCAUACACACCUGCACACAUACAUCCCCCCCCAGACGUGCGCACAUGCACACACACACACAAAGUUAAUUCCCAGGACUGCUCAUGAGUGUACCUGCUUUAAGAAAAUGCAACUUGGAACAGUACACAUCGACAGCACCACCAAAUUAAGGAAUGAU